UCGCCCCCCCCUUUCACGAGUGAGAAUGGAACAUCCUGAAAGUGGUUUGGCACUCGGAGCAGGCGAGCAGCAACUGACAACAUCGCAGGGGGCAACUUCACUUCUCUUCAUUUGGCCGACCGCAGGCAACCCGAGAGCGGAACUCAAAAGACACUUCACACGAACUCAUGUCUUUAUGAAUUUACCCCGUCGACACUUUUUUUCAGCCAAAAGCUAUGUAAAAUUUGAAUUUUCCUAUUUGUUCUGAGGCAGUUCAGAAAAAAAACGCUACAUGAAGUAGCAGGCUUCUGGUUUUUGGGAAUGCUUCCUCAGUCUGCCAGUAAAGAGCAGAGCGUGACAGUCCCAUCUGUCGAUCCACAUCUGAAGACAUGUUGUUCUGGUCUCUGCCUGACUGGAGAGUACUGCUGCUGAUCCCUCUGCUGUGGGACCGCCUCUGUGCCUCAGGACUCAAACCCACGAGAUGGCCACUGUAUUCACAAAAGCCUCUGCUGCUGGCUUGGAACGCUCCGACAGAGGACUGUGGCCCCCGGCAUCGCGUACACUUUAAGCUGGACCUUUUCCAGAUUGUGGCCUCACCCAAUGAGGGCUUUGUUAGACAGAAUCUCACCAUCUUCUAUAAGGACCGCUUGGGGCUGUACCCCCACUUUGAGAAGGAUGAAACGCCGGUUAACGGUGGGCUGCCGCAGUCUGCCAGCCUCACACAGCACCUUGAGAAGAUGCCGGAUGGAGUAAGGAGGUAUAUACGUGAACCAGAAGCCAAAGGCCUGGCCGUUAUUGACUGGGAAGAGUGGCGUCCACUCUGGAUACGAAACUGGGAAACUAAAGAUGUUUAUCGCAAACAUUCUCGGGAGUUGGUGCGUCAGAAGAACCCAACAUGGUCUCCUGAUCAGGUGGCAAAAGUGGCCCAGCAGGAGUUUGAGAUGUCUGCCAGGAAGUUCAUGCUGGAGACACUGAAGCAAGCCAAGAAUCUGAUGCCAAACCAGCUGUGGGGUUUCUACCUGUUCCCCGACUGCUACAACCACGACUACAGGCGCACCCUGGAGAACUACACAGGCCGCUGUCCGGAUGUGGAGAUGGCACGUAAUGAGAAGCUGAAGUGGCUGUGGGCGGAGAGCACAGCCCUCUUCCCCUCUAUCUACAUGAGCACUGUGCUGCGCUCCUCCACCUCCGGUCGCCAAUUUGUACGGAACCGAGUGAAAGAAGGGAUGCGGUUGGCAUCGUCGGUGGGAGGCCUGGCACGUCCUGUCUUUGUGUACACCCGCCCCACCUAUGCCAACUCCCUGGAACAGCUGACAGAGACCGACCUCGUCUCCACCAUCGGGGAGAGUGUGGCUUUGGGAGCAGCUGGAAUCAUCCUGUGGGGCGAUGCAGCGUACGCAAGCAGCAAUAUCAGCUGCUCUGACCUGAAUGUGUAUCUGCGGGGUCAGCUGGGUAAAUACCUCCUCAACGUCUCCACGGCAGCAGAGUUAUGCAGCCAGACCUUGUGUGCUUCCCAUGGUCGCUGUCUACGUAAAAACCCAGACAGCGAUGUUUACUUGCAUCUGAACCCCCUCACCCACAGCAUCAGCAGCCAGGACGGCCGGCACAGGGUCAGCGGUGAGCUCAGUGAGGCAGAGAAGAGGAGUUUUCACACCGAGUUUCAGUGUCAGUGCUUCAGCGGCUACGAGGGAGAAGGUUGCAAUCAGAUAGACCCUAUGCACCAAAGAGGGGCUGCACCUCAAAACAACCCAUCACUGCUGCAAUGUGUGAUCUUACUGACUCUCUCUCUGCUCCUCUGUUGAUUCACCACAAAUACUGUAGCCAUAAAUCUGUGUUUUAUGUGUCUCAAUGUAGAAACGCACCAGCCGACAAGGCGGGAAUUUUUAAGGAGUAAGCGGUGUCAUUUUUUCUUGUAAUUGCUGUAAACAGAAGACACCAAGUGAAAUUUGAUAGGAAACACUGUGGAAAUUACAAAGUUCUACUUGUUUAUAACUUUUUAAUCUUUUUUUAAACAAUGGAGGACUCGCUGGAAAUGACCUUGUUUACAUUUUACUCCCAGUUUCCUGUCAGUCACUGUUUCCCAAGGUGUCAUAUUCCAUGUUUCUCAUAGAGAGAAAGUUUGUUUAGGCAGGGGAAAGGUGAUAAAUGAGUGGAUGUUUGUCAGAAGCUGCAUGGUGAAAGUGGAAUUGACGCACUUAAAUCUGGUGGUUGCACAUUAUAUCUGAAGUGCCUGAUCUUUUAUAACAUGACCUCUGAAACAAGAGAUGUUUAUAUGGAGACAUUUACAGUGUUACUAUUUAUUUGAAUGUAUUUGUAGGUGUUUUGUAUGACAUUUUCCUCUUUUUAUGUCAAACAUGACUACUAGCUCUCUCUUAAAACACUACAUUACUUAAUAGUUAAAAAUCUAUUUUUUCUGUAUAUGAGGAGAUAAUUUACAUUAAAAGCACAAACAAUGUAAAGACCCCCACAGUUUGUAUGUCCACACUUUCACUUACAUGAUGGCCUCCCUUUUUAAAGCUGUUUUCUCAAAUGAAAUAUAGUAAAUAAAAUAAAGUUAUUUGUCGAUGUCUGUCUUUUAAGAUUUACUGAACCCAAUAAAAACUGGUGGAUGCCAAAGUAAACUUAAA